CAAGCUCAUCCACACACCGACGUUGCGCCGCUGAUCGUGCGUGAUGACGACACCUGAAGGCCCUAGCGUAGUGUGUAACGUAACAUUCCAUUGAGAAGAAGAGGGAAAGAUGGCGUCCUCUAACAAUCCUCGCAAAUUUAGCGAAAAAAUCGCUUUGCAUAAUCAGAAACAGGCGGAGGAGACUGCUGCGUUCGAAGAAGUGAUGAAAGACCUGAACAUCACCAGAGCCGCACGGUUGCAGUUACAGAAGACCCAGUAUUUGCAACUAGGGCAGAAUCGUGGACAGUACUAUGGAGGCUCACUGCCCAAUGUCAAUCAGAUUGGAAAUGGCAACAUUGACCUGCCUUUUCAGAACUCGGCGCUGGAUACCAGUCGGACAACCAGGCACCACGGGCUGGUGGAGCGAGUUUACAGAGACAGGAACCGCAUCACGUCUCCUCACCGCCGGCUGCUGUCAGUCGACAAACACGGACGCCAGAUUGACAGCUGUCCCUACAGCUCAGUUUACCUCUCCCCACCGCCAGACACUAGCUGGAGAAGGACAAAUUCAGACUCUGCCUUACACCAGAGCGCCAUGAAUCCAAAGCCCCAGGAGGUGUUCGCAGGGGGAUCGCAGGAGCUGCAGCCUAAACGAGUACUGCUGCUAACAGUGCCUGGGACGGAGAAUUCAGAGUCGAAUGCGGACAACAAGGAUGCGCAGGAUCAGUUGUGGGAUGACAAGAAGGAUGAUUCAUCCAAGGCAUGUGAUGUCCCUGGAAUCAAUAUAUUCCCAUCACCAGACCAGGAGUUGAACCCGUCCGUGCUCCCAGCUGCACACAACACCGGUGGUUCACUUCCUGAUCUGACCAACAUCCAGUUCCCUCCUCCACUCUCCACUCCGCUGGACCCCGAGGACACUGUGGCCUUCCCCUCCCUCAGCUCGUCCAACAGCACGGGUAGCCUGACCACCAACCUCACCCACCUGGGCAUCAGCGCUGCCAGCCAUGGGAUCUCCACUUCCUCUCAGCCAACCAUGACUGUGACGGCACAGCGCCGGCAACCGCCCGUGGUGCCGCUCACACUCACCUCUGACCUCCAUCUCCAACUGUCCCCACAGCAGCUUUCACCCACCCUCUCCUCACCUGUUAACAUCACACAGGCCUUGACAACAGAGACCCUGACGCUGGAGCAGCAGCUCGCCCAGUACCCCCUGUUCAACCAGCUGACGGCCCAGGCCCAGGCUCAGCUGCUCAGUGACCUCCAGAAGCAGCAGCAGGCCCUGUCGCAGGGCAUCCAGCUCAUCACCUUGCCAACUCUGGCCUCCCCUGGUACAGCCACUGCCAGCAGCCCUUCCCCAGACAGCCAGAGCCAAACCACCGCCAGCAUCAGCAUCAGCUCGUAUCGCAAUCAGACUGGCUCACCAGCCACUCAGUCUCCAACCUCCCCAGUCUCCAAUCAAGGCUUCUCCCCCGGCGGCUCGCCUCAACACAUCCCUGUAGUGGGCAGCAUAUUCGGAGACUCCUUCUACGAUCAGCAGUUGGCAUUGAGGCAGACCAAUGCCCUCUCUCACCAGCUGGAGCAGUUCAACAUGAUUGAGAGCCCCAUCAGCUCCACCAGCCUUUACAACCAGUGCUCCACCCUCAACUACACACAGGCAGCCAUGAUGGGUCUCACUGGGAGCAGCCUACAGGACUCGCAGCAGCUCGGCUACAGUAACCAUGGCAACAUCCCCAACAUCAUCCUAACAGUCACAGGGGAGUCUCCGCCGAGCCUCUCCAAGGAGCUGACCAACUCUCUGGCGGGUGUCGGUGAUGUCAGCUUCGAUGCGGACUCUCAGUUUCCUCUGGACGAGCUGAAGAUCGACCCGCUCACGCUGGACGGACUGCACAUGCUCAACGACCCCGACAUGGUGCUGGCAGACCCUGCCACCGAGGACACGUUCAGGAUGGACAGGCUGUAAUGCGAGAAGCUGACUAUGGCUGAGAACAAGAAGAAAAAAAACACACUAACUUGUGAAUGGAGAGAAUCAAAGGGCAGGAUGAACCCUCUCCCUCGUUGCAUGGCCGUCCAGCUGUCCGACCUCGCCCUCAACUCCGUGAAGCCCUUUGAAACGAUGCGCCACCAAAAGACAACAGGGAAAAAGACAUCCAGUGGCUUGCAGGGGAAUGGCCUUGCUGUCGUUUUGAAUGAGAUUGGUCGCUCAGCGCUUUCGCUAGCCUGCUGUGUUUACAGUGUACCAUUACAUGCCACAUAUAUUCCAAAAAACGCACAUUUGACUUUUUUUUUUCUUUUCAUAUCCACUUUAAUAUUUGUUUUGUUGAUAUUUGCUCGUAGCAGGAAGCUGCUAGGACAUUGGGCUAAACCGCUCCCGUUAAAAUGGCUGUGCUUAAAAAGAAAAACAACAGAAGCCGGUUUGCUUGUACCCUGCAAUCAAAUGAUCGGUUUUCCCAUCAUGCCGUAACGGCUUUCUAUUUCACACUCAAAGCUUUAUUUUUGACAACCAAAUGUUCUUUUCAUCAUGUACUGUAUGUGUUAAUGCUUUAUGUAUUUAUAUGUUCUAUUUAUUUAUUUAGUUAAAGAUUUUAUAUAUGAUUUCAUAAUUUAAAUUUGAUGCCAAAAUGCUGUCUGUAGGCAUAGUGUAAAAUUGCACUGAUGUAAUUUGUGUCUAUUUAUUGAUUACUAACAUAUUUAUAUAUGUGUUUGUUAAGCUACUUGGUUAAUGAAGGAGUGCAAAACCUCCCCAUAGUUGCUCUUGUGUGUGUUCGUUGUGCCAUUUUCUGAUGUAGGACGCGGUAGACGUUGCCAUGCUGCAGCCCAGCGGUCAAAUCAAAAAUAUCCUAGUUUUUAGCACAGCUCCAGGAAAUGCUGCAUGCUCCAGAAAUGGGUUGGUUUUACGCCACUUGAAUUAACUUUUUCUGAGAAAAUCAUCAGGUAUUUCUAUUAAAGUAGAAAGCAAGACAAAA